GCUCCUGAGGGUGACAAGUACAAGGUUGCUAAAAGAUGGGGUCACAUUCAUAUUGUUACUCGGAAAUGGUUUGAUAAAUCAAUUGCUAGAAGAGCAUGUCUUAAUGAGGAGACUUGUCCUGUUCAGGGUGGUUCUGCAUCUUCAAUUAAUUCUGCAAGGACUUGUUUGAUGGCACCGCAUAGCCAAAACAAAGAUCCAGAAGUUACUCUCUCGCAGAACAUGUCUUGUACAUUUUCGGAUGAUCCUGUCUUUACCAAGGAGGGGGAGAGUGAAGUACCUGCCAUGCCGCCCAAAAGUGACAUUAAUGUUGAUGAUUGUGUUGCUGAUGAUUCUCAGACUGAAGAUAAUGAAUUGUACUUGUCAGACUGCAGAAUUUUACUUGUUGGUUUUGAUGCCUCUGAAAUGCGUAAACUAGUCAACAUGGUCCGUAGUGGUGGUGGUUCCCGUUAUAUGUCACUCAAUGAAAAGUUGACGCACAUAGUUGCUGGAACUCCAUCAGAGACCGAGAAAAAGGAUGUUAGGGGCCUUGGAGCUUUGGGUGUCAUUCAUGUGGUUAGAACCACGUGGCUUGAAGAUUGUGACCGUGAAAAGAAAGAAAUUCCUGUGCUUCAGAGGCACAUUGCAUAUGAUUUACUCUUUCCAAAAGAUGCUAUGCGUUCCAAUAAGGGAGCUGGGAUGGGCAUGGCUGUUAUGACGCAAGGGAACUCCUCGACUGUUCACUCUAUGUUGUCAGAUGAUCAACUACGGGACAAUAUUACUUUUGGAUCUGGAAUGUUGUUGGAGAAAAGCAGAGAACCCCAAAUCACUAUGAACAGGGAUUGCUCUUUGAGAGAAACAGGUAGAUGUGCUUCUGCUAACCAAAACCAGUUUUGUGCUAGUAUGAGUGAACAGAAGAUAGGGAAGGGUUCCAGCAAUGAAAUUCAGAAUAGAAAGUCAUUGACUCUAUUUAAGGGAAGGCUAUUUCGCUUUUCAAGUUCAUUUCCGAAAGAUCGGAGAGAUGAGAUUGUUCAGUGGGUUAAUCAAGGGGGAGGGGAGGUGGUGGAUGAUCACAUUGACAAGAAUGUGCAUUUCAUUGUUGAAUGUCAUGGUGUGGUACCCAGUCUGACUGAUGUUACUGGGAGUACUAGCGUAUCCAGUCACUGGAUUCGAUCUUGCUUAGAGGACGGAUGCUUGCUGGAUGUUUGCAGUCACAUUCUUUAUACUCCACUUCCAUGCCAGAUUCCUUUACCUGGUUUUGAAAGCUUUCGGUUCUGUGUUUCGCAAUAUGAUGAGAAAGAUAGACUGCUGCUAAGAAAUUUGUGCUUUGUUCUUGGAGCUAAAUUUGUGGAAAAAUUGACUAAAAAAGUCACCCAUUUAUUGUGUAAAUUUGCCAGUGGCCCAAAGUACGAGGCUGCUUGUAAAUGGGGCAUACAAUUGGCCACGUCUGAGUGGAUUUAUGAGUGUGUCAUGCAGAAUGAAGUGGUAGCUCUGGGUUCAUUUUGGCCAAAAGAAAGUACUUCUCAAGACCGAGAGGGAGGACUCUGUACCAUAAGCCAGUAUCCUACACAGGCUGUUCGAAUGAUAUCUGCGGCUAAUGUGUCCCAGUUUCCAAGUCAGUCCCAAGACUCAAAAGAUGUACGAAGUCAAGCCAUUGGUAGCAGACGCGAAAGCCUGGGGGACGAGGCUAAUUGCUCUAGUAUUUUCAAUAAAAGGGCUAGGUUCUGGGGAGAUGACUGUACAAAGGGUUCACUUUCAUCUAGGGUAAACCAAACAGAUCCAAUAUGUGGGAUGAAUUCCACAGAAAACAAUAGAACAGAGAAUGAUAGGGUAGUAUCUCAUGCAGUUCCUGACGUAGCUGCAGCUAUUGAGGAUUUGUUAGAGGAAACCAGUAAGAUUCAGGAUUUGAAGUCACCACAAAGAACGGGAUGUGAUAAAAGUCUUUUCUCAUCUGAUUGUCCAAUGCUUGGUCAAGAUCAUGUGGAUCCUCACGGUGCCUUUGCGGUGGCAAACCACUGGUUUAACAGGACUAACCAAAAGGAGGACAUUUGCAACCUUUCUGGAGAUGGAAAUGCGGGAAUUUAUGAUGGUUUUAGCGAAACACAGACGGAGUCUCAGGUUGUUGGUUAUGAAGAAGAUUUGUCAGGAAGGCAAAUGAUAAUAGAUAGAGUCCGAACACGGAGCAGCGUGGCCUGAGGUCUUAAAACUUGAACCUCCUGGACAGCUUUAUAAAGAGAGAAAUAAAAACAGAAGAAAAUGGGAAAAAAAGUGUGCAAUUUCUUCGUUCUCAUUGGUUAAAGUUUUUCUGUAGCCAACGUGUCCGAAGCUAGUUGGUGGAAACCAUGAUGAUAGAAGUUGGAGGUUAUUGCAAGGAAUUGUGUUGGUAAUUCAAUGUUUUUUUGGGUAAAUAUCAGCAAAUGAACUGUUUGUAACAUAUGAUGGAAAUAACCCCCAAAGUUUCCAUUUAUUUUUAAUUUUCCUUUAUCACUUCACUUAUUUUGUUGUUCAACAUUAGACUCUGAACUUUAAUUAAUUUAUGUUAAAAAAGCUCGGGAG